AUGCUGUGCUGUAAGAACCGGAUUGCAGUGCUGCUAUCGGCUGCCAGUGCAAGGUUCUUGUUCCUGUCUGAACGGCGAGCAGGUACGCUUCGCUGCUGCCAACCACGACAAAUGUCAGUGACUUUGCAUACCACUCACGGCGACAUCAAGAUCGAGGUCUUUUGCGAGGCCGUACCGAAGACCGCGGAGAACUUCCUCGCGCUAUGCGCGUCGAACUAUUACGACAACUGCCUGUUCCACCGCAACAUCAAGGGCUUCAUGGUGCAGACAGGCGACCCCAGCGGCACGGGCAAGAACGGGCAGAGCAUCUGGGGGAAGCCCUUCCCCGACGAGAUACGCUCCACGCUCAAGUUCAACGCGCGCGGCAUCGUCGCGAUGGCCAACUCGGGCCCUGACACGAACAAGUCGCAGUUCUUCAUCACGUACGCGAAGCAGCCGCACCUCGACGGUAAAUACACCAUCUUCGGCAAGGUCAUCGACGGCGCGGACUCGACGCUCGACGCCAUCGAGCGUGUCCCCGUGAACAAUAAGAAUCGGCCGCUCACUGAAAUCCGCUUGACGCAUGUUACGAUCCACGCUAAUCCCAUAGCGGACGCGCAGCUACGAGGAUGA